CUUCUCUCGACCGUCUCGACGCUCACUCCUCGCCUGAGACGCGGCUGAUUUCCUUUUUCCUCUGUCGCCCCCAGGAUGCCGUUCAAGCGAUAUGUGGAGAUCGGCAGGGUCGCCCUCGUGAACUACGGGAAGGAGUAUGGAAGGCUCGUUGUUAUCGUCGACGUUAUCGAUCAGAACAGGGCUUUGGUUGAUGCUCCUGAUAUGGUGCGUGGUCAGAUUAACUUUAAGAGGCUUUCUCUUACUGAUAUAAAGAUUGACAUACCACGAGUUCCUAAGAAGAAGACCCUCAUUCAAGCCAUGGAAGCUGCUGAUGUUAAGAACAAGUGGGAGAACAGCUCGUGGGGCAGGAAGCUUAUCGUGCAGAAGAGGAGAGCUGCACUAAAUGACUUCGACAGGUUCAAGGUCAUGGUGGCCAAGAUUAAGAGAGGGCGUGCCAUCAGGCAGGAACUGGUCAAACUAAAAAGGGAGAAUGCAGCUUAACCUCUUCAGGAAUAUCUUAUGUUGUGCUAGUUGUCACCUGCUGAAUUUUUUAGAUACUAGUAUUGUACGGCACUUGAACAUUCUUCCUUGUAAGAUGCUAAGUGAGCCUAACUCAAUAAGUAAAGGACUUGAAAAAGUCUGAAAACAAAAGCUAUUGCUUAAUGCUUUACAAUACUUGGAUACACAAUACACAUUUGAGUCAAGUAUCCAAGUAUUGUAAACUAUCAAGUAAUAGUUCUCUUCCAAACUUUGUUUGAGUCCUUUGCUUGAUUUGAGUUAGGCAUACUUAGCCUCUUACAAGGCAGAACAUUUAAGUGUCACACUAAUAUUUAAAGAAUUUAGAACAUGACUUAGUGUUGUUUUUGAAAGUUGGUAGUCAAAGUUAUUGGAUUCAUUUCCUCGUUUAAAACUUGAAUUUCUUCAAAUAUUCCAAAUCACGAUUUUAGCAUUUGCUGAUAAAGAUCCUCCUGAAUAUUCGUUUGAAAAAUAGAUGGAUAUAAUCUUCCUUGCUUUACUAACAAGUAUAAUCAUUUAUGAAUUAUGACGAAUGUUUGGACAUCCAUUCCUGAUCUUAAAAUUCGAUGCAGAAAACGAUAGUAUCACAUUCGUUGCUCAAUUAGCUUUGUUUCAAAUAUUCAUUUAUUCUUCGAUUCUAAUAUCUGCAAAAUUACUGAUACUGAAACAUGUUAUUAAUUUAAAUGUUAUUGAUGCAAAUGUAUGCUUUUUUUCACUUGGACUAGGAAUUCCAUUGUCUUUUAUGUAAAAAAAGGUUAAAGAUAUUAGUAGGCCUAAAAAAAUAAAUUUAUUAUUUCUAAAAUGUAAAUUUAAAUAUUUAUUUUUGUUAAAGACCAUGAAAAAGAUAUCCCAAGCUUUUAAUAGACAUCUACAUCUAUUAUUGUUGAACUGAUAAUUUACAACGUCCAAAACAAACGAAAAUCAAUAAAAUAAUUAAGAUGUGAUUUUAGUGUUCUUGGUUGUCUGUUCUUCGUGCCCAUUUCUGUCCCCCGACAAUAGCGGCCCAUCAAGACUAUAAAUAUGCCCCUCAAUUUGUCGUAAUUUGUCAAGCCAUCUCCCCUUCUUUUUCUCCCCUUCCCAUUUCCUCCUCCUCUCGAUCUUCUGCAAGAAGAAUGACAACAGUAAGUCAGAUUUUUUCUUCUCUCUUUUUCUUCAUAGAUCUAAAGUUAAUUUGUUCGAUAAAAUCUUGCAUCUCAAUACCCUGACAUGGAAUAUGUCGAUUGUAGAAAGAAACAUAUAUAGUCGAUAGUCAUUAUGCGUUUCUUGAACUCCGACAGGACAAGGGCCGCCCUUUACCCAAGUUCGGCGAGUGGGACGUGAACAAUCCUGCUUCUGCAGAGGGAUUCACUGUGAUCUUCAACAAGGCUCGAGAUGAGAGGAAAACGAGUGCCAAGGCCCACGAAAAGAACUCGCCCAGCAAGGAGGAGAUAGCUUUUAAGCAAGGAGGGCCUUAUGCUUCCAAACCACAUGCUAAGAAAUGGUUUUGCUGCAUGGCACCGGCAGAGCAAUGAGGGAUGAAAGCUACGCAGCUCAUCAUUUGCAGAUUUGGCAGAGGCUGAGUGAAGGCAGCAUUUUAACAAAAGGCUUGAAGAAAAAUUUGGAGUACUGAAUGUUCAUACUUUUAUGUAGUUUUGUUUUUCCUUGAUUCAAUCAAUUGUUCUUAAUGAUUAAUACGUAUACAUCUAUGAAGGGGAGUAUGUGAAUUUGUAUUAA